AUGAUCCGAAUCUCCCCUCACCUCCUAGCUCCCGUCAAAGCGCGUACCACUCGACUACGGUCAUCGAGCUCCUCCCCACUUCUCCCUCUCGACUAUGUUGGUCGACAUUUGCAGCUCAUCCAUCCUCUCCCCAACGUCCCAGCUCUCUAACCACCCAUCGGAUCCCACUCACAGUUCGUCAACCAUGCCAAGUCACUCUCGCUGUACAGAUCCUUCAUCCGUGCGACCCGCAACCUCGGCACCCUCGAAGCGAGGUGGCACACCAUAAAGUGGAUCCGCACCGAUUUCGAGCGCUACAAGGGGCUCGUCGAUUCGGUCAGUUUUCGGUCGAGUAUAACUCACUGUUGGGAACCCAUACUGAAUCUGCUCGCUCGCGAUUCUCAGCAAAAAGCGAAAACGUUGCUUUCGUUGGGAGCCAGGCAAUUGAAGCAGCUCAACUCGACGGCUAGUCUCAUCGGGACCGACGGAUCAAAAUUUAGGGGCACCAAGAGCGCGUGA